AACCACUUUAAGAAAAUAUUAGUUUCCAUUGUCGAUUAAACCAUGGAUGAAACCGCGGUAAAAACCUCCUGGACUGCGAUAGUUUUGACCUGUCAAAACAAAACGAGUGCAAGGACUCUCCAGACAGAACUUGAACUUCGUCAAAGUAAGGGACUGAUUAGCAAAGAUACACUGGUGUUGGCUCUUGAGGACCCCAGAGGGGGUGUUGGAAGUGGUGGGGCUACGCUGAAUGCUUUGUUAGUUGUCACUGAGCAUCUUAGCGCUAAAGCUGGUUUUCAGGUCGCUAAUGAAAGUGUUCUAGAGAACGCAAACAUUCUUCUAAUGCACAUGGGUGGGGAUUUUCCAUUUAGUCCUUGUGGAAGAUUCUUUAACACUCUACCUGCUAAACAUUCGGAAGAAUCAAAAGAGAAUCUGUACGAUGCUCUGGUGACAAACUUCGACUACAUGCUCCAUGUUAUCUCAGAGACGCUAUCGGCAAACGCCCCUGCGGGAGUGUGGAUUUGUAGUGCAGAUAUGCUUCCGUCCGUGGAUCCUCAAAAAAGAAUUGAUUGGAACAAGCUUUCAGAUGAAAUUAUCGUGAUUCUCUCUCAAGAAAAUGUGCAAUAUGCAAAGGACCACGGGGUUGUGAAACUGGGAGAGGAGGGCAAAGUAAAAGAUAUAAUAUUUCGAGAAACUGAAGACGAAAUAAGAAAAUGUGCCCUUAGCAACGGCAAAGUACCAGUGGUUGUUGGUACAGUGUACAUGAAUGCCAAAGUGGCAUCAAAGAUGCUAAAUCUUCAUGUCUUUCAUCCUCUGGACGCGUGCACUUAUUAUGGUUUGGACAACGGAGCGGAGCCAAUCCAGUUAUCGAUGAUCUUUGACAUCCUUCUCUGCCUGGCUGAAGAUGUAUCGGAGUCAGAUUUUGUUUGUGGUGAAAGAAGUGGUUCGUACGGACGCCGCAAUACUCGGUAUGAGACAAGCAGGGAUUAUCAGAGCCAGCUGAUGUUGAUGAGAAGCGCGAGAGCACAGCUCUGGAAAAGUCUCCGAGGAUUACAACUAAAAGGAGUUCUCAUUGAAAACGGAACCCUUGAUUACAUGAAUGCCUCUGGGGAAUGUUACAGGAGACAAAUGCUUAGCAGCACUAACCUGCUUAACUUCAGUGGAAAGUCAUUUGACUGCAAUAGACUCACGCAUGUAACCCCAUGUAUGAGCGGCAGUUCUAGUGACUACGGUUCUUCUGUUGUAAUCAAUUCCAUCAUUGACGAUAGCAUCAUAAUAGGGAAGGAUUCAGUUGUGUCGCACUGUCACUUGAAGGGUGGUAUGCAGUUUGGAUGUGGGUCUAUCUUGAUUGGUCUUACCUCGAAAGACCUCGAGGACUUUUCUUUAUUUGGACUCAGUUUUCCAAGCGAUAUGUGUAUCAUACGCUGUCACAUAUCUCUCCCUGGUCUUGAUGUAAAGCAACAGACGGUUUUGGUUGCAUUUGGAGUUCAUGAUGAUUUACAGGUGCCAUAUAUGUCCCCUAACAGUACUUUCUGUAACACGCCUUGGAAGAAAUUUUUUGACAGAGCCGGAAUAAGUUCUGAGGAAGUUUGGCUCGGAGUGCCAGAACAAGAGAGAUGUCUUUGGAACGCGAAACUCUUCCCUGUUGUUUAUUUCAACCUCCACGACGAGAAAAGAGAUGUAGCGCCCACUGUCUUGGAACUUGUUAUACAAAUUCUGUUUUCCAGCUUUUCAACCGAAAAAAGUAGAACAGAUCCAAAUCAGAACCAGGUCAAGAGGUCAGAUACACAUGGUCUUCCAUCCGUUCUUGGAGAUCGUAUUUAUGGAUUUGAAGAAGUAAUUUUGAGGUGGCGCUCCUCAGUUCGGCUAUCACUGAAGGAAAUCAUGUCCUUGAUUGAUUCGUCAUCAGAGUUUGCAUGGAGAAAAAAACUAUGGUUUGAAAUUGGAAAAGCGCAAGUGAAUAACACAUUAAAAAACUGCACGAAUGAUUGCCUGCUGCCUUUUUUGAAGGGCUGUGUAAAAGAAGGUUUCGCGAAAGAUACUUUGGACAUUUUAGAUCAAGUUGCAUCUACCGCCACCUCCCCAGGCGUGGUUGCACGGACCCUGGCCUGUAUUGCUGACGUGUUGGGAGUGAUGGCAGGAGAGAGGGCUGGGCUGAGAAGUGGACCAGCCCGCAAUGAAUCCUGGGUGAAUGCGUUUGAUCUUCUCGAUAAAGGUGAUAUACCUGCGGGUGUGAAAGCUCUCGCAGAGGAGCGCUCGCGUUGGCUCGACAGACCUGAUUUACUGAUCCGAGCGGCUCGACAUUAUGAAGGAGCGGAACAGAUUUUGAGAAGAAGGGCCGUAUUCACAGCUAAACAGUUUUUUGUCACUGAGAAAUGCAAAUCCCUUCCCAUUGGUCAUUGGGUGAUAGCUGAGGCACCUGCCCGGGCUGAUUUAUCUGGCUGUUGGACUGACACUCCACCCAUAACGUAUGAACAUGGAGGAGCUGUACUAACUGUCGCCAUUAACCUAAACGGAAAGAAAGUAACCGGAGCCAGAGUUAGGAAAAUUCAGGAGUGUGAAAUAGUUCUCGUGAUUCACUCAGGAGAGCAUAGCGUCAAAGUUGUCUGCAGGGAAUUAUCAGACUUAGCAAAUUUCACCCAACCACAUGCACCAGGUGCCCUUCUAAAGGCAUGCAUUUGCUUUCUGGACAUUGUGACUCUUCCUUCAAGCGAAAAAUUAUCCGAACAGUUAUUCAGAAAAUACCAAGCUGGCUUUGAGCUCCACACCUGGUCAACCGCUCCUCAAGGGAGUGGGCUGGGCACAAGUAGCAUUUUGGCGGGAGUUAUCCUGGCGGCGCUUUUACGCUCGACUGGCUGCACAGCCAGCAUAGACUCACUGAUUCACGCCGUGAUGAUCGUAGAACAGAUGCUAACUACCGGCGGUGGCUGGCAAGAUAACGUUGGAGGACUGAUGCCUGGUUUUAACAUCGCUCGGUCCCAGGCAGCCUUGCCUUUGAAAGUAGAAGUAGAGAAAUUAAAUCUUCCGCAAGCCACCAUCGAUGCCUUCGCAAAACGUUUGCUUUGCAUCUAUUCAGGAAAGCCUCGUCUUGCUAAGAAUUUAUUACAGGAUGUUGUCAGGAAUUGGUACGCAAGAUUUCCAAAGAUUACUGUAAACGCGGAUGAUUUGGUAAAAAAUGCAGAAGAGGCUGCUAAAGCUUUGAGGGGAGGAAAUAUUGAAAAGCUCGGCGAGUGUAUGAACUGCUAUAGGAAACAGAAGUGUAUCAUGGCAUCUGGAACCGAACCUAAAGGCAUAAGCGAAAUGAUGAAAGCUCUAGAACCUUUAGUAUUAGGACAAACUUUGACGGGUGCAGGAGGAGGAGGCUUUCUUGUGCUUCUUACUAAAGAGCCCAACAUGGCGGAUAAAGUGAGGGCAGUGAUAGAAAGAAACAAGCCUUCAGACGAGCUGGCGUUUUUUGAAGCAAGUAUAGACUUAGACGGGCUCACUGUGAGAGUAGAGGAAGACUGGGACGGGCUUCCUGUAGAGUCUGCGUGUCACUUGCAAUGAAUCAUGAUACCAGAAGCAACUGAGCUUAGGGAUUGCUCAGACAAGCCGGAAGCCAGUUACCUGAAUGAUAGCCAGUUGCAGACGAUCUACGAACAGUCAAGAAGACUACUCAUGGUCUCAUAAAGCACAAUG